AUGUGGAACUUGGAGUUGCACAAGAACCCCGACUUCGUGGAGGACACGGCCGAUCAGGCCAAGCAGGAGAUGAAGAUGGAGAACACCUUGAAGAAGCUGCAGAAGGAGUGGGCCGAAGUGGACUUCCAGUUCGAAUCCCACCGCGGCACCGAGGUGAUGCUCAUGAAGCUGGCGGAUGACAAGUUUGAAAUGCUGGAGGAGCACCAGGUUCAAGUGCAGAACAUGUUUGCUUCGCGCUUCCUCUCGACCUUCGAAGCGGAGGUCACUUCGUGGCAGAAGACCCUGGCGAACAUCGCGGAGGUCUCGCAGUUGCUGUCCGAAGUGCAGCGGUCCUGGGUCUUCCUGGAGAACUUGUUCAUCUUCAGUGACGAGGUGAAGAAAGAGCUGCCGGAGGAGAGUGACAAGUUUGUUGGCAUUGACAUGGAUGUCAAGGAAAUUUUGAUGAACGGCGUCCAGGUGAAGAGCGCGAAGGACUUUUGCAACCAAGGCAACAUCUUCCAGAAGCUCGAGAAGGUCCAGGGCGCGCUGGAGAUGUGCCAGAAGGCCCUCAACGAGUUCAUGGACAGCAAGAAGCGAGCCUUCCCCCGCUUCUACUUCAUGUCCUCCAAUGACCUGCUGGAUGUGUUGAGCAACGGCAACCAGCCGGCGAAGGUGAUCCCACAGUUCCCCAAGUUCUUCAUUGCCAUCGACAGCUACACGCUGGAGUUCCCUGACGGCGAGGACAACCGACCGCAUGCCGUGGGCAUGAGCGCCUGCGUCGGAAAGGAGUACGUUCCAUUCCCAGAGCCGCUGCCUCUGCUUGGCAAGGUCGAGUCUUACCUGGACAAGUGCAUUGAGUGGUUCCAGAAGGCCUUGAAGUUCUUCGCCAAGCAGGACAAGGAGAAGUACUUCUCGGAGGGAUGCAUGGAAGACGGCGCCAAGCGCGGCGAGUUCAUCGCGAAGAGCCAGGCGGCGCAGUGCGCGCUGCUGGUGCAGCUCAUCACGUGGGUGAUGCUCGUGGAGACCGGAUUCAAGGGCGCUCAGGACGGCAAGGAGGAGGCCGUGAAGGAUGCCUGGGAGGAGAGCCACCAGCUUCUGUUGAAGCUCAUCGAGAAGACCAUGACCAACCUGGACAAGCCCACACGGCAGAAGAUCAUGUGCGCCAUCACCCUGGAUGCCCACAACCGAGACGUGCAAGAGCGUCUGGUGCUGGAGAAGGUGAACAGCAAGGAUGCCUUCCAGUGGCAGAGCAUGCUCAAGUGCUAUUGGAAGGAGGAUAUUGAUGAUGCAUCCAUGGAGAUCGCGGAUGCCAAGCUGCCCUACGGUUACGAGUACCUGGGCAACGGACCCCGGCUCGUGGUGACGCCGCUGACGGACCGAAUCUACGUCACGGCGACGCAGGCGGGGUGUGGGCGACAGGGUUUAGGGCUUGGGGGUUUAGGGUUUCGGGUUUGGGGUUUAGGGUUUAGGGUUUAG